AUGGUAGAAGCCUCUACAGAGUUUGAGCCUUCUACUACUCGAGCUAAAGAUCAAGAGGACUCUGACGAUGAUUUUGAUACUGAAGAUUCUACUGCUGGGGAAAAUCCUUUUGGAGCUGUUAUUCAAAAGAUUCGUGACCUCGCAGUUUCCCUUAAGCUUUCUAGUAAGAAGACGCAAGAGUUUCUCGACCUCUAG